GUUUAUAUGCAUAUAAUGUAUAUCCAUAUUCUAUAUCCCCAUUCAGUUGUAUAUUCUAUAUUAUAUUCCAUAUUCUGAUGUCUGAGUUAUAAAUGUACCAUAAGCCAAUUGACCAUUUUGGACCUUUGAAGAAGUGUAAUCAAUCACUAUUUAUUAUACCGUGUCAUUGCCUCUGUGGAGUGUGAAACUUUUAGAGUUACUAAAGCCUUGUUUACCUUGUUCAUAAGGGAAAAAUAAUAUACUUUUGUUUCUGUAAUUACUGAGCAUUUUCUGAAAGUUUUUCCAUCUGAUUGAAAGAGAAAGUAAGUUGCUAAAAGCAAAGAUGCCUUGCUAUAAGGAGCAGCCUGGUAGUGCCUAAGUAAUGGCUCAUUAGGCAAUCGGGGAUCCCCCCACCCCCACCCUCCGGUUUCACUCGUACCCCUGAAGUGCAUCACGCUGCCCAAAUCAAAUUGCUCACUUAAUAUUUAAUGUUUCUGUGAUGGAAUCACUUUCUCCCUUGAGGUUGACUUCAGAUUUGCCAGACACACUGACAACACUGCACUCCUUAUUUUCCCCACAUGACCUCAGCUUCUGCUUAAAAAAUGUUCGAAUAAAGGAUGCUUUUGUUCAUACCUCGCCUGCCUGUGAUAUAUUGACAAAGUGUCUGCCGGCUGAAUGGAAUAGUUUUACAGUAUGAGUGCUGCUUUCAGUGGAGGGGCAGGACUUGGGCUUGAGAAGGAAGUGAAUUGGAUAGGUCAGGAGAAUGUACCAUUUGUAAACACCCCUUUCCUUUUUUAUUCACGUGUCAAGACAGCAGGAGCAGGCUGUUCAGUGCCCGUCCCUGAGCAGAGCCGGAGGGAAAGCAGCUUGGAAGUCAGCUGCAAUUUUUUAAACCUUGCUUUUUUCCCCCCCCGCAACGGGUCAUGAUCUUCAAGUGCUCGGACUUGUUUUAGGAGCUGUUUUGAAACUAACAUGGUUUAGUCCACUAACUGCAUGUUGGGUAAAUUCAAAACCCACAUGCUCGUCCUCUUGCAGUGGAAUAAGUCACAUCUGAUGGACAUUUUCUGUGCUUAUAGCAUAGUAAUGAACGUCUGACAGGCGCGACCUUUCAUAAGACAACCCACACUAUUGGCUUUCUGCCCAGAAUAUUGCUGCAACACUAUCUGUGAUUGGUUAUCUCUCUAUCAUGCAUUGCUUCACAAGGGGAAACGGCCCCUUUUUUUAAUAAAUCUACGAUGGCUGGCUGCAAUAUGCCUCACUGUUGGUACUAAGAAGUGCCUUUCCUGACGUCUCUGCUGCUUGGAACCGCUUCUAGAGCAGUCUCUGCUUUUGCCUUGCUUGCUGCCAGCUAGACUGUGACGACAGCACAUCCACCCUCCACCUCUAGCCCAGACACCCCCAUUUCUACUUAUAAUCAAGAGAAAAGCUCUAAGUAUCUGGCAUUGCCCUAGGCUGCUUUAGUUUUAAAAGAAAAGUUUGCUGAAAAAGUAAGAUAUCUUCUGCCAGGAAAUCAAGGAGGAAAAAAAAUUUAUUUUCUCGAUUUUGCUCUAAACUGCUGCAUCUGUCUAUGCCAAACUAAUCAAUACCGAUUGCACCACCAAACUCCAUUGCAAAUUCAGCUGUGAGGAGAUUCCCUUUCAGACAACUUUGCUGAGAGCAGCUUGGAAAAUCGGUGUCCAGGGGUCUGCCACGUUUUCAUGCUUGCAUUUUGGGCUCAAAAUUGGCACUGGGAAGGGGUUAUUGAGAGCACAAGGCUGAUUCGAGGCCCUACUUUUAAACAUUCAUCUACUUAAAAGAUCCUAGUAUUUGUCUAAAAACCAAAACCUCUUUGAAUUAACAGUUUUCAUGCUGUGAAUUUCUAGUGGGAGAUCUUUUCCUUGAUAUUGACAACCCAAUUUUCCAUGUACUUUUAAAGCAGGGAGUGGGGGAAAGUAUUUUGGAGGGGACGUUUUCAUCAUCAUUUUACAGUUUUAUCAGUUCAGCUUUUUUUUUUUUUUUUUUUUGGUUGUUGCUCUUUUUUGGGGGGGGUUGGGUUUGUUGGUUUCACUGAAAAUUUUAACUACCUGUAAAAUCUAAACAUGGCUGUUAGUGUCACACCAAUUCGGGACACAAAAUGGCUAACACUGGAAGUAUGUAGAGAGUUCCAAAGGGGGACUUGCUCACGGCCAGACACGGAAUGUAAAUUUGCACACCCUUCGAAAAGCUGCCAAGUUGAAAAUGGACGAGUAAUCGCCUGCUUUGACUCAUUGAAAGGUCGUUGCUCCAGGGAGAACUGCAAAUACCUUCAUCCACCCCCACACUUAAAAACCCAGCUGGAGAUAAAUGGGCGCAAUAACUUGAUUCAGCAGAAGAACAUGGCCAUGCUGGCCCAGCAGAUGCAACUAGCCAAUGCGAUGAUGCCUGGUGCCCCGUUACAACCCGUGCCAAUGUUUUCAGUUGCACCAAGCUUAGCCACCAAUGCAUCAGCAGCCUUUAAUCCUUACCUGGGACCUGUUUCCCCGAGCCUGGUUCCAGCGGAGAUCUUGCCGACUGCACCAAUGCUGGUUACAGGGAAUCCUGGGGUCCCUGUUCCUGCAGCUGCUGCAGCUGCUGCACAGAAAUUAAUGCGGACAGACAGACUUGAGGUGUGUCGAGAGUACCAGCGUGGCAAUUGCAACAGAGGAGAAAACGAUUGUCGGUUUGCUCACCCUGCUGACAGCACAAUGAUUGACACCAAUGACAACACAGUCACCGUGUGUAUGGAUUACAUCAAAGGGAGAUGCUCUCGGGAAAAGUGCAAAUACUUCCAUCCUCCCGCACAUCUGCAAGCCAAGAUCAAGGCUGCCCAAUACCAGGUCAACCAGGCUGCAGCAGCACAGGCUGCAGCCACCGCAGCUGCCAUGACUCAGUCGGCUGUCAAAUCACUGAAGCGACCCCUCGAGGCAACCUUUGACCUGGGAAUUCCUCAAGCUGUACUUCCCCCAUUACCAAAGAGGCCUGCUCUUGAAAAAACCAACGGUGCCACCGCAGUCUUUAACACUGGUAUCUUCCAGUACCAACAGGCUCUAGCCAACAUGCAGUUACAACAGCACACAGCAUUUCUCCCACCAGGCUCAAUAUUGUGCAUGACACCCGCUACAAGUGUUGUUCCCAUGGUGCACGGUGCUACGCCAGCCACUGUGUCCGCAGCAACAACAUCUGCCACAAGUGUUCCCUUCGCUGCAACAGCCACAGCCAACCAGAUACCCAUAAUAUCUGCCGAACAUCUGACUAGCCACAAGUAUGUUACCCAGAUGUAGAAUUUUCAUCACUAAACAAUUAUACUAAAGAGGAAAGGACAGUGUGCUUGGUUAGAAUAAAGGACGAGGUCAUUAGCCAUAUUGUAUAUACCGUCAAGCAACUCACACAAAAACCCCUCAGCCACAAGACAUCCACGUAUUGCAUGUUAACCAGAAGAAAAGACAACAUGGAAAUCCACUGCACACUGUUGCCUAUACACUUUGUACAUUUAAUUGAUAUUUGUGCUGAGGUGAUAUACCUGUCUAAAAGAACAACAUCGUCUUUCUUUUCUAGCACAGAGUUAUGCAUUCAAAUAUGCAUACCUAAUUAGUUUCCUAUAUAUCCAUGCCAUCUUGAAAAUACAGACUAUGGUGUAACCAUGAUUCUAUUAUGUAUUGGUACGUCUGUAGACCAAGAUAUAAUUUUUUAAAAAAAUAAGUUUAUUUCUUUCAAGGUUUACAAAUAACAAAGGUGCACCUUGUAUUUAAAAUUGCCAUUAUAGAUGAGAGCGUGCAUGCACAGUCAUUUUUGUUUAAGAGUAAUAUUUUUAAUGUAAUAGAUUGUAAGACGCGGUGAGGGAGGGAUCUGACAGAGAUGAAUGUGCCAAGCAAAACCACAACUGUGUAUCUUUUAAAGCACAUCAUGGCUUUAAGUACCAUGUUGUUAAGGAUUCUCAUGAAGUGCCAUAGACUGUACAUCAAAUUAGAGUAUUAUUUCUUCAGUGUUAUUGUUUUGAGAGCCACAUUUUGUUGCUUAUUUGCUAGUACUAAUCAGUCAAAGGGCACCAUUCUUUUGUUGUUUUUUUUUUUUUUGGAAACCAAAGCUGUCUCAGAAAUGGCCAAUUUAACUACAGUAACAAUAGACAGCACAACACAAAUUCUCUCAAUACAGAUAAACUCACACAUACUGGAGAUAUAUGUAAUAGAUAUAUAUAAAAUUAUUUUAAUGCAUUGUAGUGUAAUAUUUAUGCAUAUUAUACUGUAUAACAUGUUAUUCAAAAGGGAUAUGCCAUUUCUGAGACACGAUAACAAAAAAAAAGUUUGAGGAAAUUAUUUUGCUUCUAUUUAUAGCUCUGUCAAAGUCAAAAGACUAUAAAUGCUUUGCAAAAAUGGUUUCACGUUUGCUUAAAUGCUUCAUCACAGUCACGUUGAAAAUAGUGACUCUAAACAAAGAGGAGAGCAGCACUGUCAUCCGAUGCAUGAUAAACCAAAAUAUGAACAUGGGAAAUGUUUCAUUUACCUAGUAAUUGGGUGGGUUACGUACAUGGGUGAAUUUUAUAUGUGAUUUGUUUUUCGUUCUGUUCAGAUUAACUGCUUAUAGCCUUAGAAAGCCUUUUACAAAAUUAAAAAAAAAAAUAGAUGUGCAUUCAGUUUUUAAGAAUGGAUUCAUCCAAAGGAAUUCCCUUUUUGUGGUUUGGAUGUUGCAGCUAGUAAAGGAUAUUUUUGCUCUGUUCAGCAGUUCUAAAAAUUGCUGAAGUAGGGGCCAGGUCACUGGUAGUUAUAGUGUGGAAUGGGAGAAGUGAAAGUUCUGUUAUAGAACUUUCCAUACUUCCAAGUUUACUGCAAGUUUUUAUGCUUGAGAGAGAUGCUUUCUAAUAUAAGACUGAUGUGUUGAUUUUACUGAUUGUACUGUACAUCUAUUAAAGCCUUAGAUUAUUACAUUACGGGUUGGAACCCAUACCAAUGUAAUUUCAAUCGUGUUAAGAAAGUAAUGGUGACUUCACAUGUUAUUGUAGUUAGUUACAUUAUAGAAUAUUACUUAUUUUUCUUGUUAAAAUGUAGUUUUUCAUUUCCUACACUUAUUAGAUUUCAUUUUGUAUUAACAAUUGAAUACCAUUUCAGUUUAUAGACUAUUGUUUUAUUAGAUUUUACCGAUGAAUUUUUCAAAAUACAAAAAAAAAUUAAAGUAGUUUUUCCUUCAUAACAUACUCAGUUUUGAAUUACAUGUAGUGUCAUUUGAAUAUUCGUAUUAUUGUUAACUAAAUGAUUUAUAUUUUACUGAUUUAAUAUUAAAGUGUAAGAAUGUCAGUCAUUGUUAGUUCUUGUCUAGUUUUCAUUAAAAGAACAAAGAUCUUUUAUAUGGAUAUCUUAUAAAUAUAUAAUCAUUGCUAAGUAAGAAGUUAAGUUGUUGCUAUCGCAACAAUCCUGGCAGACAAUUGAGUAAUAUUUUGAUGAUUUAUUUUGUUUGUAAUUAGUUAUUAUAAGAAGAUCUAGAUCCUAGAUAUUAGAAUAAAAUUUAUUUUCUACUGUAUCCAUUUCAAAUGUUAAAGUAUUGUUUAAUAUUUUUGAAAUCCCUGAAUAUCAGGCCUUGUUAUAAAUAAGCUGCAUAAUCAAUAAAUAGAACAAGGGACUUUUUGUUGAUAAUCCAAAUACUCAAAGUUUACGUAAUGAGAAUUCUAGCGAGUGUGCAAACUCUUGAGGGUUGAUUAUGCUGCAAUUUAGCAUGUUGGAACGUCUAGAAAGAAGGUUGACUUUUUGCACUUCUGUAUAUAGUCAAAAGAGAGAACCUGUAUAAUAGUAAGAUCUUAUUUUGAAUAAAAACGUCUAUAAUUACAAGGAGUUUUGUUAAGGCUAAUAAAAUGACAGACUGAGCAAAAUUGCUUGCAAAAGUGGCACCGAGUUAGCACUCCGUACCCCUUCAAACAUGUUGCUUUGCUUUUUGUGGACAGCUUGUAGUUUGCCAGGAUAUUUUCAGCUGGAAAGAUAUGCCAUCCUUCCGAGAUCUCAUGACUGACAAAAACUCCAUCAGGCCAAAUCUGCCUGAAGACCAUUACCAAAAAUAGCAGGUACUUCAACCAUUUAAGGUGAAAUCAUGGAUUAAAUAUUCCUUACAUUUUUCAAAACUACUGCAUGUUUAAAACUUCAACAAAAAAAAAAGGAGAGAAAGAUCUAUACUAAAGACAUCUAUUAUUCAAAUCAGUUUCUGCCAAUUUCAGUGGUUUAUUGUUCACACACACACACACACACACACAAAUCUUCAAAACAAGUAUUGACUUUCACAAAAGUUAAACCAUAAACAGGCAAACCAGACAGCACACCGUAGCUAUAGUUGUUAUGUGAUUGUUUUUUAAUUGCUGUAGGAGCCUGUUCUUUCAGCAGGUGAAAAAAUAAAACACAGUUUAAAUUUCAUGGUUCUAAUUUUCAACUCAGAAGCACUCAAAAAAGCAAAUGUGAUCAUAGGCACUUGUUUAAUGAAUUAGCGUAGCCAGCCCUCACUCCAGCUGGUUACAAUGUUGCACUUAUCCGCAACCCUACGGCUUUCAUCUGCUGACAGGACAGAUGUGCUUGGUUUUACUCUUAUGUAAUCACAACUUACUUUCUGCUUGUAGUUGCUUAAAAUUAUGUAUUUUGUCUUGGGCUGCAAUUUGUUUUAUGCUUAUUUUAUUAUUACCGCAGUAGUUGACUUUGCUGUAUGGAAAAAUAAAGUGAAAUUGCCCUAAUAAAACUUCUCUUUCUUAAGUA